AUGAGUCCGGAAGUGACUCCAGAAAAUAUGGGUAAACCCAUGUUGUGUUCGUACCGUUUCCGGUCUUUUAGGGGAACCCCAAAAGAUUGGAUAUUGAGAAUUCGUUUUAAAAAAUUCAAAGUUGGAGUUUUAUUAAAUGCCACGACGUGUAACGGAGGAUACAUGCAGUUAAAUAUAAAACCGCAGAAAGUCGAAGGAAAAACAAAAGUCGAAAGGGAAAAACUUUUUUUUUUAUCUAUUCUAAGCUACUUACAUAAAUUACAUUUAAAUGGUAAUACAAGGUAUACAUUUAUAUCAAGUUAG